GUAUCCGUCUCCAUCUGCAACUCUUGUCAAGUGAAGUUCAUAAUCACAAACACUUUGGAUUCUUGUUUUCAUUAUUGCCGGAGUUAAAAAUAAGAAUUUAUUGUGAAGAUGGUGCGCUCCAAGGCUCCAACGAAGAAGCAGCAAAAGCGCGGCGUAGACUUCAAAAAAAUAAAGCGAAAGAUCGGUAGGAAAUUGCCACCGCCCAAGAAUGCAACUAACACUGAAAUCAAAUCCAAAGCCAUAAUUCUUCCUGAGCAAAGUGUGGCAUCGGAGAAGGCAGGUUUAGCUGUGAGCAAAAAGGGUUUGACUUUAAAAGAGCUUCUUCAGCAAACAUCUCAUCAUAAUGCGAAAGUUCGUAAAGAUGCAUUGACUGGUAUUAGGGAUAUAUUCCUUAAAUACCCAGCAGAGUUGAAGUUGCACAAACUCGCUGUUAUAGAGAAGCUGCGUGAACGCAUCAGUGAUGAAGACAAAUUGGUUCGUGAAACCCUAUAUCAACUUCUCAAGGCAGUUAUUUUUCCUGGUUGCAAAGAGGAGAGUCAAGGACCUUUCAUCUCCCUGAUGAUGGCAUAUAUUUUUAACGCAAUGACGCAUUUGGCAAUUGAUGUUCGGUUGAUGGCUUUCAAAUUUUUUGACGUUCUUGUUCAGUUUUAUCCAUAUGCAUUUUUGUUGAAUGCUGAAAAGAUUCUCCAGAACUAUGAAGAUAUUCUACGGAAGAACCAAUUUUAUUUACAGGACAAGGGCAAGCUCAAGAGUGCUCUUGCUGGGUUGACACGCUGCUUGUUGCUGUUGCCAUGUAAUAAGGGAGAAGAUGAUUCAUCAUUCUUAAAUGACGUUGCUGCUCAAGGGAUUUUGCAUGCUUUUGAGCCGGAGGCACUGAAAGAUCCUACUGGGAUUUCUGUCAUUGUCAAGAAAUUAGAGGAACUUUUGCCCAUCCUAGUUAACUGUUUCCAUGAUUUUGUGGCGUUGGUUCAAACUAUGCCACUAUUAGAUGCACAAUCAUUUGAUUGUAUGCUGUCUAUACUUCAGAGCAUAGAUCUUGUAGUCAGGUCUUUUGGUUAUGGGAUUCACAAAGGUCCGCAACCAGAGAUACAAGUUUUUCCACCUCGUUUUGGAAGAUCUGAUGUUACUAGAAGGGAUCAAGCUAUCUCGCCAGUGUUAUUAAAGAAGUUGUGGGAUUUGUUUCCCCUCAAAUCCGUGCAUCACCUUUCAGAUAAGGAUGAGGAUAGAUAUUUCAUUUUGAAUGUUAUUAUUACGGUUAUAUUUUUACGGUUAAGUGACUGGAUCUGCCCUCCCACUCCUUUGUUGGAAAUAUUUCUAGAAUUUAUGGAAAGUUCUCUCUCUGAAAAGAUACAGACUGAGUCGCAAUCUGUCAAAUCAUUUCAUGGGAAGCAUGUGCUUGCACUUAUACCUUUUAUUCCGAAACUUAUAAUGCGAGUGGCUGAUAAUUGGAAGUCUUGUAUUCUUCAGGCUUUUACAAAGGUUUUUGAGAGUUGCAGUCCAGAGAGUUCAUUGAAGUUGGCUUGUCUUUCUGCAAUAGAAGAAAUGCUAGUUCCUAAGCAUGGCUGGUUGUACCUUGAUGCAAGUGAUCCUAAAAUAUUGGAGUAUCAGCUUAAUUGGAUAAGGGAGCUUCCUUCAUUGCUGAUUCUAUUAGGUGAUAGACACCCAUUAUGUUCUAAGGCUGUGUUGCGUCUUCAACUUCGUUUGGGACAAAUUGCUCCAUUGAACUCUACUUUCUCACAAGAAUUUGACAAUAUGCAGUACUCAUUGAGAGAAUUUUACAGUACUUGCCUAGAUGAUAGAAGUGUAUGCUAUGGUCCUUUCAUAAGGCUCCCGAGAGAAAUUCAGGAACUUUCUGUGUGUUGCCUUUAUUAUUUCUCUUUCUUGGACUCCUUUCUGCUUCAGUCACUUGUGUCAUGUUGCCUAUGUGAUGAUUUGGAGCCAUUGUUACUAUUUCGGGUCUUAGAGGUUCUGCACUCAGCCUAUAAAGCUGGACAUAUCCAAAUUGCAGACCACAUUAGUUUUCUUUUCACUUUGCUCUCACGCUUCAAAGUUUUUCCUGGGGACUGUUUUGCAGAAAAGAUCUAUUCUGUUAUGGAGGAUGGCGACAAGUCAAAUCGUGGAACUUUUAAAUUAAUCACUAGUGUUGUUUGCUCUUGUCUGUCUGAGAUCGGUGAUGAUUAUCUUGUUGUACAGAUGCUAGAGAAAAUAAUUUUGGACCAGAUAUCACUCAAACCACCUGUAGACAAUAUCUGUGCUUUGCUUCGAAUGCUUAUUACAGUGGACUCAAAGCCCACAAGACUUUCUGAACAGAGUAUCACCAAUUUAAGCAAUUUCCUUCCGGGAUACCUAAUUGAUGCUGUUUCUUCCAUUCCAGAAGAUGAUAACAAGUCCAGCAUCCUUAUUCGCAUAAGCAGCAUCCGUUAUUACCUCCUGCCGUGCUUUUUCUUAUUCUACAGGAGCGACAGACUGCUAAAUCUUGUGUUAGACGGGAUGGGAUCAUUGGUCACUGACAAUGGUUCAUCACCAUUCUCUCAUCAUCAUGUUGCUUAUGCGAAUGACUAUUCGAGUAGGAUAGCUGGAAUUGUUUCUGUCUUACUACUACUGCAUAAGGAUGCUAAAAUUCACAAAAUUCUCUUGUCGUGCAAGAUAGGGAUUUACAGUAUACUGCAGAAGAUACAAUCACUGCAGUCUUCUGAGGAAAUCAAGAUGACUAUAGAAGAAAGGCACAAGAUACAAUGUGCAUUUGAUCGACUGAAGGUUGUGAUGAGUGCAUCUUUCAGUGGGAUACCAGUAAACUAACACAGUAUUUUUAAACAAAGACUUUUAAGAAGGGCAUCUUAUGUGUUGUUGUGUCCGCGUGGGUGUGUGAUAUAUCUGCAGGCAUUAACGGCCUCUGGGGGGAAUAUGUUCGUAAGUUCAUCAAUAUUAGUUGAUGCAAUUGGAUGUAAGGCGGAAAAAAUUCCUUCAUCCAAGUUGUCCAUUGCAUUGGGCUACAACAUGGCCUACCCUAACUUUGGAUGGGCUUGGACUUUCAGACAGAGCUUGCCUGGGGGAUGAGAAGCCUCAAUCUAGCAAAACUCAACUUGCGGUUGGGCAGAGAAUAUUUCAUCCAACGAGCAUGGUGGGAACAGUUAGAAGCAUUUCUUGACAAGUACUAUGAAAAUUUUCUUAUUAGCCUUGAGUUUGGAGUGGUUUGCCUAACUUGUUGGAUGAUGCUGGUGUGAAGGAUUAUAUAAGUGUAUGUGGGAACACAACUAGCCUGCCCAAGUGGUCUAUUUGAGUAAAUACCGGCACCCCAAUGUAAGCAUCUGAAGCGUGCUCAUGCCGUUCCAUUACGUACAUCUGCAAUUUUGUAUUGUGUAGCAGGUGGACUACCUUUUUCGUCUUUCUUUCUUACUUCAAUUUUGUACAGCAAGUGAAAUUUUGAUUGUUAGUAAAUAUAACAUCUCUCUCUCUCUCUCUCUC